AUGGGUCAGGGCGGAAGCCACACCUCCUUGGCAGAGGAGCCGGUGACGCCCUCCUGCACAGGCCACGCUUCAGGAACUUGCAGGCCACGCUUCAGGAACUUCAAACACCCCCUGGGCCAGCUGCCUCAGGGUUACGAUCCUGGAGAGGGCGAGCUCUUCCUGGGAAACUUGCGGCUGCCCAGCACCACCGCCUUCGUGCCUGCGGGUCUGGGAGGGCCUCGGGCAUCGUCAUGUCUUAACAGCUUCUCUGAGAGGAAGGAGGCCAAGCCCCCCCCACCAGGGACGUUUCCCGUUCUCCCCACAGACAGCAGCCCGCUCGUGGGCAGCACGCCCGCCAGCUAUGGGACCCUGACGAUCGAGACAUCUACAGAUCCCCUCAGCUCCUCAGUUUCAUCCGAGAGGCUCAGCGGCUACUGUGGCAGUCCGUGGAGAGCCGUCGGCUACCACGCCGUGGUCUGGACGCUGGCGGGGCUCCCUUUGCUCCUGUUCCGGUGGAAGCCCCUGUGGGCGGUGCGCCUGCGGCUCCGGCCCUGCACCCUGGCCCGCGCCGAAACACUCGUCAUCGAAACAAGAGACAGAGAGGAUAGCUCAUGGCAGCUCUCUACGGUCCAAGUGCAGACGGAGGCCGUCGGCGCGGACAGCCUGCAGCCGCCCCCACAGACACGGGCAGAGGAUGGCCGGAGCCGGGCGGCUGUGGGGGCAGAGCCGGAGGAUGCCUGGAAGGACACCGCGCGGCUCCACAGGCCUGAAGAGCAGCGGAGGCUGCGCUACUACGUCUUCCGAGGCCAGCGCUACGUCUGGAUAGAGACCCAGCAGGCCUUCCGCCAAGUCAGCCUGCUGGACCACAGCCGCACCUGUGACGACCUCCGCCGCGCCAGCGCUGGCCUCAGCCUGCAGGACCACACUGUGAGGAAGGCCGUCUACGGCCCCAACGUGAUCAGCGUCCCGGUCAAGUCCUAUCCCCAGCUGCUGGUGGACGAGGCACUGAACCCGUACUAUGGGUUCCAGGCCUUCAGCAUCGCGCUGUGGCUGGCCGACCACUACUACUGGUACGCGCUGUGCAUCCUGCUCGUCUCCGCAGUCUCCAUCUGCCUGUCCGUCUACAGGACCAGAAAGCAAAGCCAGACCCUGAGGGACAUGGUCCAGCUGUCUGUACGGGUGUGCGUCUGCAGGCCUGGGGGAGAGGAGUGGGUGGACUCCAGCGAGCUGGUGCCCGGAGACUGCCUGGUGCUGCCCCAGGAGGGCGGCCUGAUGCCCUGUGACGCGGCCCUAGUGGCCGGCGAGUGCGUGGUCAACGAGAGCUCCCUGACAGGGGAGAGCAUCCCAGUGCUGAAGACGGCCCUGCCCGAGGGCCCAGUGCCCUACCUCCCAGAGGCCCACCGGCGGCACACACUCUUCUGCGGGACCCUCAUCUUGCAGGCCCGGGCCUUUGUGGGACCCCACGUCCUGGCGGUGGUGACGCAGACAGGGUUCUGCACGGCCAAGGGGGGCCUGGUGAGCUCCAUCCUGCACCCCCGGCCGCUCAGCUUCAAGUUCUACAAGCAUAGCAUGAAGUUCGUGGCCGCCCUCUCGGUUGUGGCUCUGCUUGGCACCAUCUACAGCAUCGUUACCCUCCUCCGCAACCGGGUGCCCCUGGGCGAGAUCGUGAUCCGGGCGCUGGACGUGGUGACGGUGGCCGUGCCGCCCGCCUUGCCGGCCGCCAUGACCAUGUGCGUGCUCUACGCCCAGAGCCGGCUGGAGAACCAGGGCGUCUUCUGUAUCCACCCGCAGCGCAUCAACCUGGGAGGCAAGCUCCGGCUGGUGUGUUUCGACAAGACGGGUACCCUCACUGAAGACGGCUUGGACGUGAUGGGGGUGGUGCCCCUGGAGGGGCAGGAGUUCCUGCCGCUGGUCUCAGAGCCCCGCCGCCUGCCCGUGGGGCCCCUGCUCCGGGCACUGGCCACCUGCCACACCCUCAGCCGGCUGCGGGACACCCCAGUGGGCGACCCCAUGGACCUCAAGAUGGUGGAGUCGACUGGCUGGGUCCUGGAGGAGGGACCAAUUACGGACUCGACAUUUGGGACCCAGGUUUUGGCGGUGAUGAAACCCCCGCUCCAGGAGCCCCAGCUGCAGGGCAUGGAGCCCCCGGCGCCAGUCAGCAUCCUCGGCCGCUUCCCCUUCCUGUCGGCGCUGCAGCGCAUGAGCGUGGUGGUGGCCUGGCCGGGUGCCGCCCAGCCCGAGGCCUGCGUCAAGGGCUCUCCCGAGCUGGUGGCCAGCCUCUGCGACCCCACGACAGUGCCCGCCGACUUCGCCCUGAGGCUGCAGAGCUACACGGCCGCGGGCUACCGCGUGGUGGCCCUCGCUGGUAAGCCGCUGCCCGUCACAGCCAGCCUGGAAGCCGCUCAGCAGCUGCCCAGGGACGCUGUGGAGCAGGGGCUGAGUCUCCUGGGGCUGCUGGUCAUGCGGAACCUGCUGAAGCCGCAGACGCCGGGCGUCAUCCAGGCUCUGCGCAAGACUCGCAUCCGCACCGUCAUGGUGACAGGGGACAACCUGCAGACGGCGGUCACUGUGGCCCAGGGCUGCGGCAUGGUGGGCCCCCGGGAGCGCCUGGUGAUUGUCCACGCCGCGCCCCCUGAGCGGGGCCAGCCUGCCUCCCUUCAGCUCCAGCCAGUGGAGUCCUUCGCAGCCACGAAUGGGGCCCAGGAUCCUGACUUGGCUGCCAGCUACACCGUGGAGCCAGACCCCUGGUGCAGCCACCUGGCCCUCAGCGGGUCCAGCUUCGGUGUCCUUGUGAAGCACUUCCCCAAGCUGCUGCCCAAGGUGUUGGUCCAGGGCACCAUCUUUGCCCGCAUGGCGCCUGAGCAGAAGACAGAGCUGGUGUGUGAACUGCAGAAGCUCCAGUACUGUGUGGGCAUGUGUGGGGACGGCGCCAACGACUGCGGGGCCCUGAAGGCAGCGGAUGUGGGCAUCUCGCUCUCCCAGGCCGAGGCCUCAGUGGUCUCCCCCUUCACCUCCAGCGUGGCCAGCAUUGAGUGUGUGCCCAUGGUCAUCAGGGAAGGCCGCUGUUCCCUGGACACGUCGUUCAGCGUCUUCAAGUACAUGGCCCUGUACAGCCUGACCCAGUUCAUCUCUGUGCUGAUCCUUUACACAGUCAACACCAACCUGGGCGACCUGCAGUUCCUGGCCGUGGACCUGGUCAUUACUGCCACGGUGGCCGUGCUCAUGAGCCGCACGGGGCCGGCCCGGGUGCUGGGGCGGGCACGGCCGCCCGGGUCCCUGCUGAGCGGGCCGGUGCUCGGCAGCCUGCUGCUGCAAGUGGCCCUCGUGGCCGGCGUGCAGCUGGGGGGCUACUUCCUGACAGUGGCCCAGCCCUGGUUCGUGCCUCUCAACGGGACCGUGCCUGCACCGGACAACCUCCCCAACUACGAGAACACGGUGGUCUUCUCCCUGUCCAGCUUCCAGUACCUCAUCCUGGCGGCCGCCGUGUCCAAGGGGGCGCCCUUCCGCCGGCCUCUGUACACCAAUGUGCCCUUCCUGGUGGCCCUGGUGGUCUUGGGCUCCGUCCUGGUGGGCCUUGUCCUGGCCCCCGGGCCUCUGCAGGGGCCGCUGACGCUGAAGAGCAUCACCAGCACCCCCUUCAAGCUGCUGCUGCUGGGCCUGGUCGCCUUCAACGUCGUGGCAGCCUUCAUGCUGGAGAGCCUGCUGGACCAGUACCUCCCGGGCUGCCUGCGGCAGCUCCGGCCCAAACGGGCCUCCAAGAAGCGCUUCAAGCAGCUGGAGCGGGAGCUGGCGGAGCGGCCGUGGCCGCCGCCCGCCGGGCUCGUGAGGCAGCGCCCCCUGCCGGCCACGCGAGGUAGCGCCGCCAGCCGGGCCCGUGAGGUGGCGGCCCCGUGA